UUUAACAUUGUGCUCUUAUGGCAGCUUCCACUCUAUAUGAUCCUCUUUGUCGUCGACAAAAAGCCAGCGCUAAAUACCGGCUACUAUUUCAUGGAGCGACAAAUCGCUAAUCGCUGAGGAUUGUUUUCCUUCAGAGUUUAUUCGUAAUUUUAUUCAAAAUUACGUAAUUUUAUUCAAAGUGAAGUAAUUUUAUUAAGGAUGCGUGUAAAAGUGCGUUUAAAUGACCCAAACAUUAUUUUGUCGGCAACGUUGCGAAAUAAAUUGGCGUCGGUAAUAGCUAAAGAGGUUAGGAAACGACGAAUACUGGUAUUGUGUGCAAUUAUGCGAAAAUUGCAAAAAACAGAGAAGAGACCGCACAAGAAGAAACAAUACUGGGUGGCACCAUAUCUAAAGAAUCGACCGGAGCACAGUUUUUACCAUGUUUCAAUUCCGAAACUGACCAUAGAGGAUGGAGUACGAUUCCACAAUUAUUUCCGAAUGUCCGCAACACAAUUGGAGGAAUUAUUGUCGAUUGUUGGUCCGCUAUUGACAAAACAAAAUGUUAUUCGAGAGUCUAUAACACCGAAAGAACGUUUGGCAAUAACACUGAGAUAUCUUGCUUCUGGCGAUUCAAUGACAUCAAUGUCAUAUCAGUAUUUGGUUGGGAUAGCAACAGUUGUCAAUAUCAUUCGAGAGACGUGCGAAGCAAUUUGGAACAGUUUGUGUCCUUUGGUUUUAUCGCCAGCAUUGUCGGAAGAAGACUGGCUCCAAAUUGCAAAUGAUUUUGAAGAAUUGUCUAAUUUCACUCACUGCAUUGGUGCCAUCGAUGGAAAACAUGUAACAAUUCAAUGUCCCAACAAUGCUGGCUCAACGUACUAUAACUACAAGAGUGCUCAUAGUGUAGUAUUGAUGGCCAUUUGUGAUGCACACUACAUAUUCCGUUUCGUUGACAUUGGAGCGUACGGACGACGAAGCGAUGGAGGUAUUUUCAGCGACAGUGCUAUCGGCAAGAACUUCAAUGCAAACCGCAUGAAUGUACCAAAGCCAUCAGCUGUUGCAGGAGGACGAAUUCUGCCAUACUGUCUUGUGGGAGACAAAGCAUUCCCUUUAAAACCAUAUUUGCUUCGCCCCUACCCCGGCAAGAACGGAUUAACACCGGAGCAGGACAUUUUCAAUUACAGAUUAAGCCGUGCGAGAAGGCUUAUCGAAAAUACUUUUGGAAUUUUGGCUAGCCAGUGGCGAAUAUAUCGCAAACCAAUUAUUGCUUUCCCAGAAAAUGCUAAAUUGAUGGUGCAGGCGACGGUUUGUCUGCAUAAUUGGAUCCGCAAAGACGAUAUUGGCAAAAAUACAUACGUUUCUGCGGGUAUGGUGGAUGAAAUUCACGCCAAUGACCCAAAUAGUUUCACACCAGGUUCUUGGCGAAGAAUAUUCGAAGAUGGCUGCGCUUUUCAAGAGAUUGGUCGUUGUGCCUCGAAUACUAGUGCGCGAAACUGUAUUAAAAUACGCGAUGAAUUUUGCGACUACUUUUGCAAUGAAGGAAAAGUACCUUGGCAAAGUAACCGUCAUAAAUAAAAUAUUCUAUAUAUUGAU